AUGACCAGUCCAGCUAAGAAAAAAUGCAGACAGUAUUCUGUCGAAUAUCUUGCUUUUGGAUUCAUUGAAUCUCCACAAAAUACUACGAUGCCUAUGUGCCUGCUGUGUAUGACCUCACUCUCAAAUGAAAGUAUGCGUCUCAGCAAACUGAAAAAGCAUCUGGAGACUGCACAUAAAGACAAGAAAGACAAGCCGCUAGAUUUCUUCAAGAAAUUACGUGAUGAGUUCCAAGGAAGGAUGACAGUGAAUCAUAUGUUUACCCAAAAAGUGGCAAAAGUAGACAGAGGGAUGUUGGCUUCUUACAAGAUAGCAAAUUUGAUUGCAAAAGCAGGUAAGCCUCAUACUAUCGGUGAAUCUCUGAUCAUGCCGGCAGUGGCUGUAGUGCUUUCAACAGUCAUGAAUCAGAGUCCACAAGAGGUAACUAGUGUUAUUCCUCUGAGCAACUCCUCAGUAUCACGCCGUAUUGAUGAGAUGGCAGCUGAUGUUGAAAACCAAUUAAUCUCAAAACUGCAGGUGAAUGAUUUCUCGCUUCAACUCGACGAAUCAACUUUACCUGAUAAUUCUGCUCUUUUGAUGGCAUUUGUGAGGUUUCUUGAUGUAGAUGAAAUAUGUCAAGAAAUGCUUUUCGCAUUGAAAUUAACGACUGACACUAAAGGAGAAUCCAUCUUCAAAAAACUUGAGGUCUAUUUUGAGGAGAACAACAUUCCACUCAAGAACAUUAUGGCUUGUGCAACAGAUGGCGCUGCUGCUAUGAUAGGAAGGUAUCGGGGAUUCAGUGCUUACCUAAAUAAAGCUGUUCCUAAUGUCGUUUGUGUGCACUGUGUUGUUCACCGGCAGCACCUGGUUGCCAAAAACCUAGUAGGACGUCUUCAUGAAGCACUUGGGCAUGUUAUCAAGGCUGUCAACUUGAUAAAAAGUAGUGCACUGAAAGAUCGCCUCUUUCAGCAAUUAUGUGAAAAGAACAAUGAAGAAUUUGAAACUUGUGUUGCACACAGAAGUCAGGAGGCAAUUACUACAUUUAAAGGGAAACUCAAGCUGUUCUGGUUGAACCUUGGAAGACGAGAGUUUGCACAGUUUCCUUCCUUAGCAGUUAUAUCCACCGAUCUGCUUGAUGAUGACCUAGCAGUGUAUGUUGACCAUCUGAAGCAGUUGCAUAAUGAUAUGGACACUCGCUUCUCUGACCUACUCCAAAUGACUGUGCCACACUGGUUUGUGGAUCCCUUCAUUGCUGAUGUAUCUGAAGUUGAUGUCACCCUACAAGAAAGUCUCAUUGAACUUCAGAAUAAACACAACAGCUCAAGCAAAGGUUCAAGCGUGGAGGACACCAGAAGCUGUGGAUGA